AGCUAAUAAUCCACCAGAAUUCAGAAACUAUACUGGAUUUAAAAAGCCAGCUUUACUUUUGUGCAUUGCAUUUAAGGCAGAUUAAAUAAAUUGAAAAGGCAAGGCUCUCAGGUCAUUAUUGGUAUGUUACAGCUGUCCAGUUAGAGUUGACAGAAACCCUUUGCAUGGCCUGUUGACUGAUUAAGAGGCAGAGUAAAGUCUCUGACAGUCAUAAAAGGCCAGAAUGGGGUAGGGUGGGGUGGAGGGAGUGUGGGGAAGGGGAAGAAAGAUCGUGAUGAAAAAAUCAAAGGCUGAUGGAGUAACUCACUAGAAAUCGUUGCACUUCUACACAAGCCACAGAUACCAUUAAAAAAAAAAAAAUCCCAGCUAACAACCCACAGGAAGGAAACUGGAUGAGCACAUUACAGUUCUACAUCAGAAAACUGGACUAGAUCUUCUGCAAGGUGAAGAAUAAGCAAAGCAGAAUGAAAGGUAACAGCCUUUUGGUUUUGAGUUUCAUCUUGUUAAUAUAUGGAGCUCAUGGAUGUCCUGACAAAUGCAAGUGCUAUACAGCUUCAAAGACUGCAGACUGCAAGAAUAGAGGGUUUACUGAAAUUCCCGCCCGCCUACCUCCUGAAAUUCAGAUACUACAAUUGCAGAAUAACCGUAUUUGGAGAAUCAACCAAAAUGCAUUCACUGGAACACCGUUGCUCAAAAUCUUAGACCUGUCUAAUAAUUCUCUCUCCAGUUUGGCACCAGGUUCUUUCCAAAAAUUACGAUAUCUACAGGUUCUAAACCUAACCAGAAAUUUGAUUCAUUAUAUAGAAAACAAGACUUUCAGUUUCCUCCCACACUUAAAAGAACUGGACUUGUCAUCCAACAGCAUUAUUCGUUUGCCUGAGACUUUUGGAAAUAGCACAGGGAAUAUAACAUUGCUGUCUGUGAAGCAUAACAAACUUCAGAAAAUGGAAAGAGUUCUGCUGGAGUCACUUCCAAAUCUGAAAGUGGUUCUUUUCAAAGAUAAUCCCUGGCAAUGUAAUUGUAAUGUCUUUGGCCUGAAACUGUGGUUGGAGAGCUUUUUAUACAGAGGAGGAAUAAGUGAUGGCAUUAUCUGCUCAACCCCAGGGAUUCGUAAGGGAAAGGACCUCCUCAAAGUUCCCUACGAGCUGUUUGGGGCAUGCCCUCUGACGACAGCUCAUGUUCAUCUGGCCAGCAUUCACCACUAUAGCUCUGAGCACAGAAGUUCUCUGAAGCAUGCUCAUCACAAUGAACACGGGGAAAACAGCCGUUCAAACUGUGAACCCAAACCAAAGCCAAGGCCUGUUAGUUUGCGUCAUGCAAUUGCCACUGUAGUAAUAACUGGAGUUGUCUGUGGAAUCGUGUGUCUAAUGAUGUUGGCAGCUGCUGUUUAUGGUUGUGCCUAUGCUGCAAUUACUGCUAAAUACCACAGAGAACAUUUGGCCCCGGUCAGACAGCACGGGACUCCUGAGGAAAAAGAACCAUUUGAUAGUUCCUUGGCUUGAGUUACUUCUAUCUUUGGUUUUUUGAAAAUAAAGCCAUCACUUCUGUUAAAAGGCCUGGAAUCUAAA